AUGAUUGAGGUUCCCGAUAGAUCCAUUCGCAUCUGCGCAGACAGAGGAGGGACGUUUUGUGAUGUUCAUGCAUCGUAUCCUGACCCAGGCAAUCCAAACGAGCGGAAAGACAUCAUUGUCAAACUUUUGUCACAGGACACAGCCAACUACAGCGACGCACCAACGGAGGGUAUCCGCAGGGUGCUUGAAAUCGUAACGGGAGAGACGAUUCCCCGUGGGUCUGUGCUUGACACUAGCAAGAUUGAUUACAUUCGUUUGUCGACAACAGUGGCGACAAAUGCGCUGCUGGAGCGCAAGGGACAUCGUCAUGCGUUGCUUAUUACGAAGGGAUUCAAGGACCUUCUGCUCAUCGGGAAUCAGUCACGUCCACGUAUCUUCGACUUGAACAUUCGCCGCCCGAGUCCUUUGUACUCUGAAGUCAUUGAGGUUGACGAGCGUGUAACUCUUGUUGGGUACACAUCGGAUCCUAAGUCAGAGGAGAACGCUAUUCGGUGGGAUGAUGAUGGGUCGUCCAUUCAAAGAGGCUAUAGGGGUCCUGGAUGGGAUGGGGAGGGUAAUGCUGAAGGUCCAGGAGAUAUUGUUCGAGGGAUCUCAGGAGAAGCAGUGAGGAUCCUGAAGAGACCAGACUUGGACCUUGUGAGACACGACCUACAACGAUUGUACGACACUGGAUAUCGCUCUCUUGCGAUCGUCCUUGUUCAUUCUUAUACUUUCCCCGAGCAUGAAAUACAGAUCGGCAAGCUUGCACGAGAGGUUGGGUUCACGCAGAUCUCGGAAUCCUCGCAGUUGCUGCCCAUGAUCAAGAUGGUCCCUCGCGGUGUAUCGUCCACAGCGGAUGCAUAUCUCACCCCUAUCUUGCGAGAGUAUCUAGACGGAUUCUUUCACGGUUUCGACGCAAAGUUGAAGGACGGACGGAUAAAGAGUCCUCGUGUGGAAUUCAUGGGUAGCGACGGGGGACUUUUAGACCUCAAUAACUUCUCUGGCUGGGACGCAGACAGGAAAUAUCCUAUCAUUGGCCUUGAUGUAGGUGGGACAUCAACUGAUGUAUCUCGCUUUGACGGCCGCUACGAAGUGGUUUACGAGACGACAACUGCCGGAGUCACUAUUCAGUCUCCACAGUUGGACAUCAACACUGUCGCAGCUGGUGGUGGUUCUUGCUUGACCUUCCGAAACGGCUUGUUUCUCGCAGGACCCGAAAGCGCUGGUGCACAACCAGGUCCUGCCUGUUACAGGAAAGGCGGUCCGCUGGCGGUCACAGACGCCAACUUGCUUCUAGGCCGCCUCAUCCCAGAUUAUUUCCCUAAAAUAUUCGGACAAUCAGAGAAGGAGCCUCUAGACUCAGAAGCAUCACGCGUGGCCUUUGAGAAGGUCGCUAAGGAGAUCAACGAACGUCAUGAAAUAAACCUUGAUUUGGAUGAGAUUGUAUACGGGUUUAUCAAAGUCGCCAACGAGACGAUGUGUAGACCCAUCCGUGCACUAACGGAGGCACGAGGAUACUCGACUGGAAAACACGUAUUGGCAAGCUUCGGUGGUGCUGGUGGUCAACACGCCUGCGAGAUUGCAAGUUUGCUUGGCAUAAAGACCAUCCUCAUCCAUCGAUACAGCUCCAUUUUGUCUGCAUAUGGAUUGGCUUUAGCAGACCGCGCAUACGAACUUCAAGAGCCCUCAUCAGCGUUCUACUCUGCGCAGACACGCCGGAACCUGAUCGUCCGUCUUGAUAAGCUUACCAAUGACGUCAAGGCCGAGCUCAAACACCAGGGGUUUGAAGGUGACCGGGUGAAGGUUGAGCGAAUGUUGAACAUGCGGUUUGAGGGCACUGACACUGCCCUCAUGGUUCUCCCUAAUGAGAAUGACGGUGAUGGUACCGAGGACUUUGAGGCAGCGUUCAGGCGCGUGUACAAGGCAGAGUUUGGUUUCUUGCUUGAUACCAAAAGCAUUAUCGUAGAUGACGUGAAGGUUCGUGGCAUCGGGAAGACCUUCGACCACCUCGGGGAGUCCGUCUAUUCGGAGAUAGAACAGCUUGAGAAGCAUCCUGUCACACGUGGUCGAGCAGACUCAACGUAUAGCGUGUACUUCGAUAAAGUUGGCCGAGUGGCCGAUACUCCUGUGUUCCUCCUGGAUAGCCUAGGCGUGGGCGAUGAAGUCACGGGUCCUGCAAUGAUCAUUGAUAACACGCAGACUAUAGUCAUCGUACCAGGUGCACAUGCUGUUCUCACUAGCAAACACUUGUAUAUCACACUCGGAGGAUGAGUAGUAAUAACUGGGACACGGUAGUCUAUGGCACAACUGGCAGCUGUGAAUUCAUGAGUCCGUGGUAUUGUGGUUUGUAUACUAAAGAUAGCUACCUAUACCGCCACAGUACGUCACAACUAUUUUCAUGUCGAUAGAGUCGGAUAGACCGGCAUUUUUUUCAUUUUACCGCUUCUCUUGUACGUGAGGCUGUAUAAACAGGGUCCCCCUUUUUACGAUGCUGUUCGGAUGGAACAAGGGCAAAAUACCCCAACUGUACUACUAAGGUCUAGUUGUACACACCCAGAUUUCUCACUCGCUGUAUCAAAUGAGUCUAAGUAUAUGGUGUUAACUCGCCUCACGAACAAGCUACCGAGCAUGCUACAGGGUGAAGU